AUUUUACUUGUCCCAUAAUAUUGUUGUACAAACAGAUGAAAAAGUCACCACACAUCUUGUGCAACUGAUCAACUCCUCAUAACAAAAGAAGGAGAGUUCACAAGGCAACUCUUCACUCUCCGCGCGCACACACACAAACAAAAAAAUGGAAAGCAUCGGAGUAUUGAUGGCGUGUCCAAUGUCAUCCUACUUAGAGCGAGAACUAGACAAGCGAUUCAAGCUCUUCCGCUUCUGGAACUUCCCGCAGAAGUCUGAAUUCCUGAAUGAGCACGCUGAUUCCAUCCGUGCUGUUGUCGGCAAUGCCUUCGCCGGCGCUGACGCUGAGUUAAUCGAUUCCCUUCCGAAGCUCGAGAUUGUUUCGAGUUUCAGUGUUGGUUUAGAUAAGAUUGAUUUGAAUAAGUGUAAAGAGAAGGGGAUUAGGGUUACGAAUACUCCUGAUGUUUUGACUGAGGAUGUCGCUGAUUUGGCUAUUGGAUUGAUGCUGGCUGUACUUAGGAGGAUUUGUGAGUGUGAUCGCUAUGUUAGGAAAGGGCUGUGGAAGACCUCCGGUGAUUUCAAAUUGACUUCUAAGUUUAGUGGCAAAUCAGUGGGUAUCAUAGGAUUGGGAAGGAUUGGCUUAGCAAUUGCUAAGAGAGCAGAAGCUUUUGACUGUCCAAUCAGUUACUACACGAGAUCAGAAAAGCCAAAUACAAAUUAUAAGUACUAUCCAAGUGUUGCUGAGUUGGCUUCCAAUUGCCAGAUUCUGGUUGUGGCAUGUCCACUGACUCCUGAAACUCAUCAUAUUGUCAAUCGUGAAGUCAUGGAAGCUUUGGGACCAAAAGGGGUUCUGAUUAACAUUGGUAGGGGUCCUCAUGUUGAUGAAAAGGAGCUUGUAUCUGCUCUUCUUGAAGGCCGAUUAGGGGGUGCUGGCCUUGAUGUGUUUGAGAAUGAGCCUGGAGUACCAGAGCAGCUCUUUGGCCUUGAGAAUGUGGUCCUAUUGCCUCAUGUAGGUAGUGGCACAAAGGAAACACGCAAGGCCAUGGCUGACCUUGUCCUUGGGAACUUAGAAGCUCACUUUCUGAAGAAACCGCUGUUAACUCCAGUGACGUUACAUUUUGCUGCAACAAUUAUGUCCACUUCAUGUAGGAGCACAUUGUCUCCUGAGCUUUCGAGCAAAUAUUUCUUGAUUGUUUGGGUGCUUCAACUUGCUGUCACUACAGAAAUGGAAGAGAUAGGGGUAUUAUUGAUGCGUCCAUUGUCCAAUUACAUCCAGCAAGAGCUGUCCAAACGUUUCACCCUCUUCAAGUACUGGGAAAUUCCCGCUGAAUCUCUCAAACUACACGCAGAUUCCAUCCGAGCAGUGGUGGGGAAUGGAGUACUGGGAGCCAACUCUCCGUUGAUCGACGCUCUGCCCAGAUUGGAAAUCAUAUCGAGUCACAGUUCUGGGCUUGACAAGAUUGAUUUGGUGAAGUGCGAAGAGAGAGGGAUUAGGGUCACUUCCACACCCGAUGCUGUUACAGAUGAUGUUGCAGACAUGGCCAUUUUACUCACAAUUGCAACUUUGAGGAGGAUUUGUGAAGCUGAUCGCUUCGUCAGGAAUGGGAUUUGGAAGCAAAAGGAUUUCGAUUUGACUGCCAAGGAGGUCACGGGUUCAAAUCUUGAAAACAGCCUCCGACAGAAAUGCAAGUUUAGCGGCAAAUCGGUAGGUAUUGUAGGCUUAGGGAGGAUUGGUUCAGCAAUUGCCAAGAGAGCUGAAGCUUUUGGAUGUUCAAUCAGUUACCAUUCGCGUUCACAAAAACCAGAGUCAACGCAUACCUACUAUCCACGUGUUAUUGACUUGGCCUCCAACUGCCAGAUCCUUGUCAUUGCUUGUGCCUUGACUGAUGAAACUCAUCACAUUGUCAACCGUGGAGUUAUAGACGCCUUGGGUCCAAAUGGAGUUGUUAUCAACAUUGCAAGGGGUUCUCAUAUUGAUGAACCUGAGCUGGUUUCUGCCCUUGCAGAAGGCAGGUUGGGAGGAGCAGGGUUUGAUGUUCUUGAACAUGAACCUGAAGUGCCUAUGCAACUAGCUAAACUUAAUAAUGUUGUACUAUCACCUCACAUCGCAGCUGCCACUGUGGAGAGCCGUAAGGAGAUGGCUGACCUCGUCAUUGCAAACUUGGAGGCAUACUUUUCGAACAAGCCGUUACUAACUCCUGUUCUUUGAUACUUCCUGGUGAAGGUCUGUUGAUCUUGGAAGUACGUAUUGGGAAGGGUGAUCCACCGAGAAGCCCGCGUGUAAUCAAUCAUGUUGAAUCCCUCCUUUUGAGUUCUGAAUCCUACUACAAACACUUGGUUAUUAAUAAAAAAGAGGUCUGAUGAUCUUGCACUCAGGUCAUAGUUGAUUCUUCCGCUUUUAUAUUCGUCAUCCAGAGUAAGAUGCCAAGUGUUUCACUGGUUCAAGCUAAUGUAAAAUUUGGACAUGCCCCUCUUUCUUUUGCUAAUUGGAAACAUGUGAGGAUGGUUGAUAGUAGCACAUUGAGGUGUUUGUUCUCAUCAUUCCUUGUGA